UAAGAAUUUUAGUAGUAACUAUAGAACAUUCUUGCUUUUACAUGUCCCUGUCCUAAAGGAAUCCUACAUAAGUGAGUGUGUGUGCUGUGUAUAUUCCUUAAUGCUGCUGUUACUUGAAUUCUUGCCAAAUGUAUCUUCCCCAAGCUUGACAGACUUCUGUGCCCAAAAGCUCAAACAUUUGAUUAACAUCCCACACUUAAAAACAAACAAAAAAAACCCACAAGCAUUUUUUUUAACCUGGAAAAGGAACCAACCCUCUUUAUGUCUUUACCUGAAGCUGCUCUGCCAUCAGCUACCGUAACAGGCCCAACUGCCCUGACAGAACAAGCAUUGAAUAUUACACCCCCCAUUUUCUUCAAUAAAUAUUGACUCCUUACAGUCAAAAAUAGUCACCAAAAAGCUGUGUUAAAGCUUUUUCAGACAAAUCAAAGGCUUUUCUGAUGAAAAAUCACUGGUAUUCCAAGCACCGUUUAGGACUGCUCUUGUAGAGAAAUCCUGAGAGAGCCUGUGCUAUUUCUUCUCCCAGGAAGGCGCUUUUCUGGGUAAAUCUCCAGGAGAAUGCAGCAGAUGCUGACAUGUAUGGCAAGCCAAGAAGGUAUAGAACAUUACUGGGGGGCAAGAUAUUGGAGACACACAGGGGAAAUUUUGUAUUUUAAACGAAAAUCAACAAGUGGACUGUCCGACCUGUGAAUCUCUCAGAGUGUCGGGGGCUUUUGACAAAGGCUGAGACCGACGUGAUGCUAAUCGAAAGGCGACAGUAUGACGGCCUCAAAGCUUGAGCUGUCCCGGUGGACUGGAGAGUAAAAUUUCUGUGGUUCUUCCACAGGAAAUUUUAAUUUUGGGGCUUUCCUGGAAUGGAACAAACACAAUUCCGAGACGGAGCUGAGACCCAGUUGCUCUGGGGCGGAAGAGGGAGCUGGGAGCCAAUCAGCGCGCGGCGUGGCUGUGUGUUUAUAUAGACACUCUCCGCACCGGCAGCACCACUCGCAGACUAAUUUUUUUUAAUCUGCCAGGUACCCUCGCCGACGACCAUGUCCGAGACCGCACCGACCGCGCCUCCCGCUCCUUCUGCGGAGAAGACGCCCGCGAAGAAGAAGGCGCGCAAGCCCGCCGGUGCCGCCAAGCGCAAGGCGUCCGGGCCGCCCGUGUCCGAGCUCAUCACCAAGGCGGUCGCCGCCUCCAAGGAGCGCAGCGGCGUGUCGCUGGCCGCGCUCAAGAAGGCGCUGGCGGCCGCGGGCUACGACGUGGACAAGAACAACAGCCGCAUCAAGCUGGGCCUCAGGAGCCUGGUGAGCAAGGGCACCCUGGUGCAGACCAAGGGCACCGGCGCCUCGGGCUCCUUCAAGCUCAACAAGAAGGCGGCCUCCGGGGACGCCAAGCCCAAGGCCAAGAAGGCGGGCGCGGCCAAGCCCAGGAAGCCCGCGGGCGCGGCCAAGAAGCCCAAGAAGCCCGCGGGGUCCGCCACCCCCAAGAAGAGCGCCAAGAAGACCCCUAAGAAGCCCAAGAAGCCGGCGGCGGCGGCGGGAGCCAAGAAAGCCGCCAAGAGCCCCAAGAAGGUGAAGGCCGCCAAGCCCAAGAAGCCGGCUAAGAGUCCGGCCAAGGCCAAAGCCGCUAAGGCCAAGGCGCCCAAGCCGAAAGCUGCCAAGACCAAGAAGGCUGCCCCCAAGAAGUGAGGACCCGAUUGACUCCGUGAAUACAAAGGCUCUUUUCAGAGCCACCCACGUCAUCCGACAAAGAGCUGGUGACACCACAUUCCCUGGAUGGGGUGGGAGGCGGCGGACCUGAGCCUGUUCUUACACGUUCCGCCUGUUGCUUGGUGGUCUGUGUGUUAAGAGUAAGUACACGUUGACUUUCCCAGUGAAGGGGGCGCUAAAGUGCUUUUGGGGCUUAAGGUUGAGUGGCGCUCGCUUUUCCAGGGCUCCACUGUUUUGCCCUCGAGACCCAGCCAGGUAUCCAGAGAGGCCUUUACUGCUGAAUAGUUGUGAUACCAUGUGAGAACUUGUGAAUCAAAAGUACACGAACUAGCAUGCACUUAAAGAAAAAGGAGCUGUUAAAUUAUUGUGAAAAUUAAACCUCAUUUCCCACUACA